AAAAUAGAAAUCGUGUCACCAGGCCUGGCCGGUGUUCAAAUGCUGCACAGUCACACCGACGAAUGUGAGAGUGUGUGAGAAGAGCUCGGUGCUGUCGGCGUGGUUCCGGCUGGAUUCGUUUUGCAAGCUGUUUGGGAGCACUUAAACCGGGCGCAGAGCCUACUCUGAAGAAUGUGCAGUCUUCAGGAGGGCGGAGACAAGCCUGCUUUCCAUCCACAGCGAGGGGCAGCGGCGUCCGUACGCAGCCGUACUGCGCGCUGCUGCUGCUGCUGUGGAGGCUGCAUAAUUAAGUUUACAACAGGAGACAGCGCGGAUAUCUCUCGCUUGUUCUGGGCCACAAUGGGUGAAUGUUUUUCGGUCUCACAGCACGGCAGGCAUUUUCCCCCGAUCUGCCGAACUAACCGGAGUCGUCCGUGGUAAAGUGAGUGGCACAGGGACUCGAACAAGUGACCCGCCUAACAUAGUUCUAAGUGCGGCUGUUUUGGAGAGGCGCAACACUGGAACCGGGAAGAACCGCCUGGAGGUGGAGGGGGUGGCUGCACUGAUCCUAUACCAGUCCUGCACGCGAUGUUAAAGAGCAACUACCGUGGCGGUUUCACCUCGGGGUGGCUACGAGAAGUGGACUGUCCGGUUUGUUUUCUCCAUCUGCUCCCAGCUUGCGUGGAACAAAGUGUGCUCUCUGUCACAUAAGGCGCGCAGUGAGGUAGAUCCAGGAGGACUGGCAGCGUCGGUUUCCAUUUGUCUCUCUCUCUUAAAAAAAGAGUUCAGCUUCUCCAGAAAUCAUGAGGACCACCGAAGAGACGGAGGGCUUUGACGGCGAGGCCUCCAACACUUCCAUGAUCUCCGGGGCCAGCAGUCCCUACCAGCCCACCACCGAGCCCGUCCAUUCGCGGAACGUUUUUGGGGGGAUAGUGUGCGACAUGGAGUACCUCAAGUCAUACUUUGGGAUUUUAAAGGUGGUUGAAGUGGUCCUUUCACUCAUCGGCUUCAUCUGCAUAGAAACGAUCAUGAUGUGUUCCCCCUGUGGAGGGGUCUACUUCUUUGAGUUUGUCAGCUGCAGUGCUCUUGUGGUGACAGGAGUCCUCCUCCUGAUCUUCUGCCUCAACAUCCACACCAAGGUGCCCCACGUAAACUGGAGCCUCACGGACCUCGUUAACACAGGUGCCAGCACCCUGUUUUUCUUCUUGUCAUCUCUCGUGCUUGCUUGCAUCAACCACAACACUGGAGCUGAAAUAGCAGCAGUGAUUUUUGGCUUCCUGGUGACUGUCGUGUAUGGAAUAAACACCUUUCUGGCAGUGCGGAAGUGGCGCCGUGGCGCUGGGUGUCAGGGGGCGGCUCAGGCCAGCGAUUACAUUCGGGCACGCACGGCAUCGCGUGGCGAAGUGGAGCCACGACCUGAGCUUGCAUGAGUGCUGGCAGACAAUCAGGAAGACUAAGAGAAAGCCACGCUACCAGCAGCUGACUCUAAUGGAAACAGCUCUGCCUUCAGAACAGUAUUUCCACUCCAGUGAGACAGCCACCUUCGGCUCACCGCAUGCUUCUGACUUCUCAUCACAACACUUCAGCUGUGAAUGAGGCUCCGUGGCUUUGUUCAGCAGCCGUCCUGGCUGCUCCUGGUGACACAUAAACACUUUUAAGUGGAAAACCCGGGUCACAUUUGAGGGUGUGCUUUGUAAAAUCCUUCAUCCACAUGUUUUUCCAAAGCAUUGUGAAGGACAGCUUCCCCUGAAAGGCUACAAAAAGAAAGCCUGACUUCUCCCCAGCUGUGCACCUACUCUGGCUCCGGUAUAUGUGUUGACUUUUGGGCACGCUUUGUCUUUCACUGUGAAUGAAGUCCAGUAAAACAAGGUCAGCUUUUGUACAGUCUGCUUAUGUCAUGCCGCUGAAGUCUGUGGUAAUAAAUGUGAUCAUGAAAUGAGGAAACCAGUGGACCAGCAACAAACCCUAACCUGCAGUCCAACCAUGACUUCAUUGUUCUUUCUCACAGCUUUUACCUUCUACCUUUGAGCAAGCCUGACAUUUAAUUUUUUAUCUUACUUUUACACAUGGCCUCUAGCCACUAUUACCAUACUGCAUUUAUGGAGUAAGAGUGCAGAUUACAUGUACUACAUUACUCCACAACACUUAAAAUGGGGAAAAAAUAACUUCUUUGUAACACAAAUGCAUCCAGUUGGUUUGACACAAUAACAGGGACAUCAUUUUUAGCUGAGCUUCUACAUAAACUAUUCAGACGAAAUCUCUCCAGCGUUCCUAAAAAAGUUUCACUUAUAGAUGUGUGUUAGGCCUACACUGUGAGCCUGGAGGCUAUCAAGCAAUGAUAAUGUAAUCUGUAUCUUAAUUUUUGCACACGUCCAACACUUCAGGUAACACAAAUGUUAAAAGUACAUCAGUGAGAUUCAUUUUAAAGCAAACAUCAGUAGAUGGCGUGGUUGAGACCAAUGUCAUUAACCUAUACACUGCUUCUCAGGUACUGACCCUCCUAUAUUACAAAAAAAAAAAUCACAGGGUGCCUCGACCUAAACACUGUGUUUCCUAAUGCCUUUCUAAAUAUUAGACUUGAUGAGUCUGUGGGGUGGAAACAUGGUACAUUUAGCAAAUCUGUGGUUGAUUGAAAUGUUUGUAUAUGUAUCUACAAUGAUAUUAUCCCACAUUUCAUGUAUUAUGAUAUCCCUAUCCUUCAUUCCCCUUAUAGCAGCCUCCGCAAAGCCCAUCCAUUCAUUACUGAUUUCUCUUUAAUAUUUUCCAGUUUGGUCAGUGCACCUGGAGUAAACAGGAAGUUAAACCUUUGUCUACUUAUUUAGCAUCUGAUCUUCUUUUAAUGUACACUACAGUUAAGACCUGAACCUUCUUCAGGCAAGUUGACUAUGGCCCCCUCUUCUGGUCUUUAUAUGAAAUGUAUCUUUUUGUCGCGUCAGUGGAUCGGGUGUAUAGGUAGAUGAUUUUACAUUAGUGUGUUUAUAAGUGAAGGACCAGAAAUGUAUUUGACUGUGGAUUUUUUUUUUUAAUUAAGAAUAAUAAAUGCCCUGAAGAUGCUUGAUUAACCAGGCAUUUCUUAGAUUUUAAAUAACUUAUGUUUUAAUGCUGUUUCUCUUGGUUUGGUGAUUGACGUAGACGUAUGAGAAGACAAUCCUGUUCGUAUUUAUGUGUGUGUAACUUACUUUGAUGGAUUUGUUUUUGAGUAAUACUAUUACCAUGUUCACUUAAGAGUUUGUACAGCAACAAAAUCACGCUAUUGCAUUAUGCUAUUUGAUCAUAUAAACAGACCAUAUUUGUCAAACGCUUAUCAAGCUGCAGCUCUCUCCGUGUAUGACUGUGCUGCAAUAUGUUACGAAAUUUGUAUUUAUGAGAAAGAAAAGGCUUUCUGCUGGUUUGCAGGUGGUGACAUAAACGGCAAACAAUGAUCCAAUCACGAAGAAGUGUGGAGACUUCACACUGGUUUAUAUUGACAUUAUUGAAACGAAGACAGGUUUUUAUUCAAACUUUUUUUUUUUUGCAAAAAAAUCCAAAACCAAACAAAAAAUAAACAAGCAGGCAACAUACAGCUACACUGGUUUUUACAAAGGUACCCGUUUAUAAAAUGGUACUGUGUGGGGAUGUUGUUUGAAUGUUCCAAAUAAACUGAAGGUUCUCCUACUUCUUGGAAAGAAUAAAUCAUUUAAAACCA